UAGUCAGAUGAUAAACUUGACCAGUGGAAUACUGUGACGUGAGUGCUGUUGAAGUCAGAUCUAACGAAAUCAGGCCAUAAAGUAACGAUAGUGAUCACCUGCACUUCUGACAGUGAUUUACCUGUAUGAAGGUACCUUGGAACCGCCUCAGGAUGAAGAUAGCCCGGUCUGCCCCCAUGGUCAGUGCCCUCAUAGUGUCUGCGGUGCUCCUGUACAUAGCUUCCAGGACGAGGCCGAGACAACCAAUGUUUCUGGAUCAACAAGACAGGGUCGGACUCAAGUCCAACGCUCAGGAUGGAACAAAAGAGAAGAAGUCCCUCCCAGAGCCAGCGUUAGGUACCGGGGAGGGUGUGGCCGCCCAUCCCAUCCCCUUGGAGGACAAGCUCCGUACCAUGACCAACAAACAACUGGCAACUCUUUAUAACGAUUAUCUGACCAACGUGCAAGUGUUGUGUCGGGACAAGAUUAGGAUGGGCAACAUUCACGGCGGCGGCUGGGACGUCUGUGUGGACGGACAUUACAAGCUGAAGAAAGACAACUGCAUCGUCUACUCAUUCGGCAUUGACAACGACUUCAGCUUUGACGAUGACGUCGCUGACACCUUCGGCUGUGAAGUGCAUGCUUUUGAUCCCAGCAUGAAUAAGGACGACCACCUGAGGGGGAAGCUGAUCAACUUUCACAACCUUGGACUGGCGGACAUCAAUGGUAACGGCAAGAGGAGUUGGCCAAUGAAGACACUCCCGGUCAUCAGACAAGACAACGGACACGCUGAGAAAGAAAUUGACUACGUAAAGAUUGACAUCGAAGACUCCGAAUGGGGAGCUUUGAGAUACGCUUUCAAAACCGAUGCCCUCAAAGGUAUAAAGCAGCUGUCGUUGGAGUUCCACAUGUUUGGUAAAGAGGAAGUGUCUAGGUACAUCGCCCGGCUGAACGUCCUCCGGGAGUUGUACAACCAGGGCUACAGGAUAUUCUGGACAACCAACAACGUGGUCUCCGCCUGUCGCUUCACCUCUGUCUUCGAUGGCAGACAGAGAACCAAGUGUCAUGAAGUCUACUUCCUCAAGUGGGUUUAAAGUUCGCCACGAUUCAUAGAAGCCUAUAGACAGGGAACCAGAGGUCAUGAAGUCUACUUCCUCAAGUGGGUUUAAAGUUCGCCACGAUCAUAGAAGCCAAUAGACAGGGAACCAGAGGUCAUGAAGUCUACUUCCUCAAGUGGGUUUAAAGUUCGCCACGAUUCAUAGAAGCCGACAGACAGAGAACCAAGGGUCAUGAAGUCAAGUUCUGGAAGUGGGUGGUUUAGAGACUAAAUGGGCCACGGGUGUCUCUGUCUAAAAAGGUCUUUCUGUUCAUUUUACAUUGUGCUUUGUGCGUUGUGCCUUGUUCAUCCAUUUCGAGCUGAGUUUGCAUAUUUGACUUCAUUGCCUCCACAAUGAUGAGUUCCCAAUCCACAUUACUGCUACAACGUUGUGUGCGUCGAAUCUCAACAACGUGGUCGACCUGGUCAAUGGACUUUGGUUGUUUGUUGAAUAACUUGUGUAUAUUUUGUAUUCAAUUUGUAAAUAGUGCCUAUCCAUCUUUGUAAAUAUUGUACAUAUGUCAUGUCAUUGCUGUAUUUUGUCAAUUUCCAUUCCAAUAAACAUGUCUUUUCUUCAUAUGCCA